AUGAGGAGGUUGAUACGAAAUUACUCGGGCACCAAUGGAGACUUUUGGAAGGCACUCAAAAUCGCAAUUGAGCCCAAAGUCCAAUGUAAGCCCCACGAUUUACGCGAACUUAAAGUUGUGCCGGAAUAUUUUACAUCGUACAUUCCAAAGGUAGUCGCCGAUAAACAUCUCAAAAUCGAGAAAGAGGAGGCCAAGCUGCACGCGCGCCAGGAGGAAGAGGUAUUUUUAGUUUCCAAUCAUGCAAUUAGAGAAGAUCCCAAAGGGUGUCUCCAAUCCCGCCUCAAGAAAGACCCAAUUUGCAUGCCCAUGGUCAGGCGUCCGAUAUUGUGGAAAAUAUCCCAGUACGCUCUACAAAGAUCUCCGAUGCUAUCAAUCAAAUGUUUUACCGGUUUCUUUCUAGCUCGGAUUCGCUGCAAGGGGAUGAAUGCCUCAAUGAUGUACAAAUUACAGCGAUCUCGUUGGAUGCCAAGCUCCAGUCGUGCAAAAUGA